UUCUUUCAAAGAAACUAAGAGAGAGAGAGAGAGGGAGAGAGAGAGAGAUAGAAUAGAGAGAGAGAGAGAGAAGGAAAAACCGAAGCACUUGCAAAUCUCAUGAACUGUGGUGUCGUGUUGGGGUUCUAUUGUUGGGAUUGGGAGUUCUUAACUGCCCUUCUUCUCUUCUCCUCUUCUUUCAUCAAUCAAUCUUAUUAGAUACUUAAUUUCAUAUUAUAUAUAUUCUUCUACUUCUUCACAAAUCAACUUUCCUUCUAACUACAAAAACAAAUGGAGGCAACAAUAUUAUGUGACAAUAAUAAUAAUAAUAAAGGGUUGUUAUUGGAAUGUGGUGGUGGUGGUGGUGGAAGGAAGUGCAAUAAUCCACCACCCUUCUUGUUGAAGACAUACAUGCUUGUGGAGGAUCCGGCCACCGACGAAGUCGUAUCGUGGAAUGCCGACGGCACGGCGUUCGUGGUGUGGCAGCCGGCGGAGUUUGCCCGUGAUCUCCUCCCUACACUCUUCAAGCAUAGCAACUUCUCUAGCUUCGUCCGCCAGCUCAAUACCUAUGGUUUUCGUAAAGUUGCAACAAGCAGAUGGGAAUUCUCCAAUGAGAAGUUCAAGAAAGGUGAAAGAGAAAUGCUAUGUGAAAUUCGAAGAAGAAGAGCGUGGACAAGCAAGCAACGGAAUGCAGCAGCAAACCAAGGUGCACCCCAAGACUCCGAUGAAGAUCAAAGGUCUUCAUCGACUUCUUCGUCUUCGGGUUACACCACUCUAGUUGAUGAGAACAAGCGCCUCAAGAAGGAGAAUGGGGUGUUGAGUUCAGAGCUCACAACCAUGAAGAGGAAGUGUAGGGAACUGCUUGAUUUGGUGGCGAAAUACUCGCAUGCUCAGGAGGAGGAAGAGGACGAGGACGAGAAUGAGGCCGAGGCCGGAAGGCCAAUGCUGUUUGGAGUAAGAUUGGAUGUUCAAGGGCAGAGGCAGGUGAAGAGGAAGAGAGACGAGAUACGUGAAAGCGCAAGCAUUUUGCUCUCUCAAUCAUGCAAAUAGAUACAGAUAUAUACACCUAUAGUAGCUUCAAAACAUAAAUAUAGUUACUCAAAAAGUGUAAUAAUCAAAUGUUAGCUAGGUUUGCAGAAUUUUUUUUUCCAA